AUUGCUAAAAUUAGGUUUUUAUCUGAAGUCCGCAAAACCCUGUAUUCUUCUUCUUCUCUUCCCGCCACUUUACUUUUACUUAACUCUUCUCUAUCGAUCACUAGCAAAGAUGUUGUGGGUCGACAAAUACAGACCGAAAACCCUAGAUAAAAUGAUUGUUCAUGCAGAUGUAGCUGAAAAUCUCAAGAAACUGGUUACUGAGCAGGAUUGUCCCCAUUUGUUGUUCUAUGGACCUUCUGGUAAUGGUAAGAAAACCCUAAUCUUGGCCGUACUCAGACAGAUGUUUGGUCCUGGUGCAGAAAAGGUGAAGGUAGAGACCAAGACAUGGAAAGUUGAUGCUGGGUCCAGAACAAUUGAUGUAGAACUCACAACAUUGUCUGGUACCCAUCAUGUGGAAAUGAACCCCAGUGAUGCAAACUUCCAGGAUCGUUAUGUCGUGCAAGAGAUUAUUAAGGAGAUGGCCAAGAAUAGACCAAUUGACACAAAAGGGAAGAAGGGGUAUAAAGUCUUAGUGCUAAAUGAGGUUGACAAACUCUCAAGAGAAGCCCAGCAUUCACUACGGAGAACUAUGGAGAAGUAUAGUGCAUCGUGUCGGUUAAUUCUCUGCUGUAAUAGUUCAUCAAAAGUUACUGAAGCAGUUCGUUCUCGAUGUUUGAAUGUUCGAAUAAAUGCACCAACUGAAGAGCAGAUUGUUUCGGUGUUAGAAUUCAUUGGCAAAAAGGAAGGACUGCAAAUUCCGCCUGGAUUUACGGGUCGUAUUGCUGCUCAAUCAAAUCGGAGUUUAAGAAGGGCCAUAUUGUUAUUUGAGACAUGUCGAGUUCAACAGUAUCCUUUUACAAGUAAUCAAGCUAUCCCACCAAUGGAUUGGGAACAAUAUAUAACUGAAAUAGCAUCUGACAUUUUGCAGGAGCAGAGCCCUAAAAGGUUGUUUGUGGUUCGAGGGAAGUUGUAUGAGCUACUAAUUAAUUGCAUUCCUCCCGUUCUUAUUCUGAAGAGGCUGUUAUUUGAGCUGUUAAAGAAGUUGGAUGCUGAAUUGAAGCACGAGGUCUGCUAUUGGGCUGCAUAUUAUGAGCAUAGGAUGCGUCUUGGGCAGAAAGCCAUAUUUCACAUGGAAGCUUUUGUGGCCAAAUUCAUGAGCAUUUACAAGGCGUUUCUCAUCUCCACAUUUGGUUAAAGAUCUUAAAUGAAUCAUCGGGCCUACUUCAAGUUCUGAUAUUGGAAGCAUACUGAGAGCCAAAUAGCAACUGCUGCAGCUAUGAAAAUUCUGUCAACUUAUUGUUCUUUAAACAUACCAGAGCAGAUGAAUACAUUGCCCUUGCUUCUUAAUGUUUAUUCUGAAUCUAGAAAUUAGUGUAACUUUCACCUGUUUAUCUUUUUCAUUCGGCUGUCUUUUGGUUUGCUUCAAGAUGAUCUAUGGAUGCCCAUGGCUCCAGCUAAAUUCGGUAGUUUUUAA